AUGACCUCUCAUGGCAAGGUCCUCGACCUCUUCGACGAUCGAUACCUUGGGCUACAGGACGUCGUUGGUAAUGUCGAACCACUUCCCAUGCUCGUACCAUACGAAAGAUACACGCAAAACCCUGUCGUGUACAGUAUGGAUACAAACCAUGCCAUCUUCCUCGCACUUCUACAAGACUUUACAGAACGCAAGGCAAGGGAGACGGGCAAAGAACUAUGGACUUGGUACGUGCAGUGGGAGGUGAAUCAAACUGCAGCUCGCCAGCUUUCUGUCAACCUGCACUCCCGGAAGAAGCCUCGUUUCGACCAAGAACAGCCAAACUUGCAUACUGCACAACGAUCGCGUCAGAGCGCACCCCCAAUCACAGUUCGGCCCCGCAUCCUAGACCCAGAAUUGAUGCAUGAGGAGGACAUGUUGAGAAUCCUGGUCGAUAUCGUACAAGUGAACAGCGCUGUAGUGCCUAACUUUAUCGAGUUCUUGUACCGGUGGAUCGAUUACUACGAAGGAGAUGGGAGGGCGCUAAAGGCGGCAUUACAUGGGGAGAUUCCGAGCUUGUGGGAUUUUGAGCAUCACCCACUCAUGGUCCCAGAAGAUAUCAAGAAGAAGAUGAAGCAAGCAAAUGAAGAGAGCAAAGAUAAGAAGAACGAAACAGGUGAUGAGACAUCAACGCAUAGCAACACAGAAGAACUUACCCAAAACUCACCUACCAAGAAGAUGCGAAACAAACCAGAUCUAGCAGCAUUGGAGCGCAGGGCAGAAGAAAGCGAACGGCUACAAUACCGCGAAGUGCAUUUUGGUAUACAACCACCAAAGCUGAACGAACCUCUGCCGCCUUUGAUCAACAUUCCUCAAGAUUCGCAAAAACGCGCAAAGUAUUACGCCGCUUGCUUCAAGUCACGACAACGCGCCUUUUACAUGCUCAUGGAAGCUGGAGUCACCGCGCAACAGAUCAGAGACUACAACCGAUGUCAGAAGGAAAAUGUCAAGGAUACUCCCUCGACUGGAGGAGAGGGUCUGAGGAACUACGAAAGAGAUGCACAGAUGGCGCAGAGAGUUUUUGAAGAGAAGAAACAGUACACAAAGAAGCAGAGGGAAAUUGCUAUCAGUGACAGACUGGCUGUGGAGGCUCGAAUUGCUGCAAAUGAUACAAUGACUGAAGAAGCAUCGGGUGUCCCGCUGAUUCCUGUGACGCCGUCAUACCCUCCUCGUCAGGACAUGGCCGUACAGAUGGUGCGCAAGAUCCAGCAAGCCACGAACAAAAAUGACCACAAAAUCAACAUAGUCCCUGAGCCUCUGGUGGGCUUGAUGAAAAGUGAGCUCUUCGAACGAGCAAAGGAUAAAGAGACCGUAACCAGAUACUUGGGGGACGUUCUCACGACUCCAGCACAACGUCGUACCAUUCUCAGUGAGGAUGGGGGAUCUCAUACAAGUGCUUUGGAGGAUGAGAACAUAUCCAACAGCCACGACCGAUUGCGCAUACCUUCUGGGCCACUACCACCACCUCCUCCCAGUCUUCCACAACUGAGUUUACCGCCGUUACACCCUCCCAACCCUCCCGUGCAAACUAAUCAAGCGUUUCUUCCCCCUACAGGACAGUCGAAUGUACAUCAGCAGACACAUAGCCACCUUGAUGCCUUCAAUAACUUCGAUGCUAUAAACAGCAUUCUCCCAUACUCACCUGAAUAUGAGCCCAGGCUACCUGCACCUCAUCAGCCCCAACAUCUCUCAUUACCAUAUCAGCCUUACAACCAGCAGCCAUAUGUACCUGCGCAGUAUCAUAUACCUUCUUAUCCUGUCGCUCCGGCCUUACCAGCUCCAGUUCCAUCACCCGCGAACGUACACCAAUACCCUCUGCCCCGCUUCCUGCAACCCCUUCAACCAGGCAUCCACCGCACAGCACCCAAACCCCUACCCUUCAUCCCACCACCCUCCCCCAUGUCAGCGCUUGCCCCCUCAUUUCUUGCAACCUCCCCCUUUGCAACCAGCCACUCUGAAAUCCCCGUCCAAAUCUACUUCCAGAAAAUUGUCUUCCCGGCCAACACGCUCGGCCCCGGCGGCGCCAAACUCGGCGACGGCGGCGUCCCCGAAACUGACGCUUUCCUACUCGGCCACAUGCGUCCUGGAAGCGGCGAAAUCGUGCUGAGCAAAGCAAUUUUCCUACCAGUGGGUGUGUGGAAGAAUGCUACUGCAUGGGUGCGAAAUGGGAAGUGUAAAGUUUUGGAGUCGUAUCCCAUACCGGGAGGCGAUAUGGGGAGUUAUCCAACGGGUGUAGCACAUCGUGCGGCGUAUGAGAAGGUGAAGGAGGCGUUUGGGUUUAUGAUUGCGGCGCCGGCGGAGCUUAGGGAGAGGGAGGUUACGAAGAGGUGGAGAGUGAGCAGAGGGCCGAUGACGGAGAGUGCGCGGGGUGCGGUGUGGGAGGGAUGGGGAGUCGAGGUGGAUAGGCAGAUUAAGAUGAGGAGAGAGGAGAGGAUGGGUGCGGUGGUGCUUGAUUCAGUUAUUGAUGGGACGAAGGCGCGUGAUUGGGAGGAGGAGAGAAGACAGAGGGAGAUGAAGACGUUGCUUGUCGACGAGGAGGAUGAGGAGGAUGAGGAGGAGGAGGAUGAGGAUGAGGAGGACGAGGUGGCGGAAGAUGUGAAUAUGGAAGAUUUUGUGACGUUUGAAGAUGAAGAGUGA